AUGGAAACGGAACACGAUAUCUACGACGUCGUCAUUGUCGGCGCCGGCCCCUGUGGUCUCGCUGCUGCGGCUCGUCUGCGAGAACGCACACCAGACGCCCUCUUCACCGACGAGGAGCACCGCCGCUUCCACUGGAUCGGCAAGCACGGCGGCAAAGUAUCUCUCAAGCAUGUCAAGAGCGGCAAGAUGACAACGAGGCGCGGUGCGGCUCGUGCUGGUCCCCCAGACUAUAAGAUGGUGGUGCUGGAUGCCACGGCUGACAAGUGGAUGGCGAAAUGGGACUCGCUGUUUGGCAUGUUUGACAUUUCCCAUCUGCGUAGCCCUAUGAUUUGGCACGCCGAUCCGUUUGACCGUGACUCGCUGUUGGCGUAUACGUAUGAGAACCGCCGUGAAAAGGAGCUCGUGGAGAUUCGCAACUGUGUGGGUAAAGAGGUCAGCAAGCAUGGCCACAAGAAGAAUGCCGGACGACAGUGCGGCGGCAAACAAGCAGCGCGAGUCGUCAUCAACCUAAGAGACAGAAACGACUACUACACCCCGUCCCAAGGUGUCUUCCGCGACCACUGCUGCCAGGUUGCCAAGCGAUACAAGCUAGACUCGGGCCUGAUUCGCCAAGAGGGCGUGACCAACAUUGAAUACGGCUACGUCGACGGCGUCUCCGAGUCCUCGGAAGAAGUCUUCACCAUCACCACAGACAAGGUUGUGCGAUAUGCCCGCACCGUCAUCAUGGCCGUUGGGGCCGCCAACGUGCCCAAGCUUCCGCCCAUGGCAUCCGUAGCAGCACUAACAGACCCGGCUGUUGACAUCCCCGCGUGCCACAGCAUGAAGAUUAAGGAAUUCCCCCACCCUCUGCUCAAGCAGCGCAUACAGACCCGCCAGUCCACCAAUGUGCUAGUGGUGGGUGGCGGCCUCACAUCCGCGCAAAUCACAGAUCUCGCCGUUCGCCGCGGUGUAACCAAGGUGUGGCAUAUCAUGCGCGGCAGACUGCGCAUCAAGCUCUUUGAUCUGGACCUACAGUGGAUGGGCAAGUACAAGAACACAGAGCACGCGCGCUUCUGGCUCGCCGACUCGGACGAGGAGCGCCUCGACAUCAUCAACGAGGCCCGCGGCGGCGGCAGCAUCACGCCCGUCUUCCACAAGCAGCUCAAGAAGCACAUCUCCACAGGCCGCGCCGAGCUCGUCACAGAGACGCAAAUCGUCGAUGCCAAGUUGGAGACGAUAGACGACAACGGCGGCAGCCGCCGAGUGUGGAGAGUCAUUACCGAGCCGCCCCUGGAGAAUGCGCCGCUGUUUGACUACAUGUACUUUGCGACAGGCAUCCAGACCGACCUGCACUCGCUGCCGUAUCUGCAGACCAUGCUGGUCAGCCACCCGAUCCAAGCACGCGGCGGGCUCCCGUGCCUCAACGACGACCUCAUGUGGAAGGACGGCGUUCCCUUAUUCAUGAUGGGUAGACUGGCGGCGCUGCGACUCGGGCCAGGAGCAGCCAAUCUGGGCGGCGCCAAGGUCGGAGCCGAGCGCGUGGCCUGGGCGAUUGAGGAUAUUGUGCACCGCCAGCGAACAAAGGCUGUGGAUAGCGGUGUCGAGUUGUCUGAUGAUGACGAGGAAAAUGACAACAAGGCGGGCGGCAUGGCAGCGUAUCUGUCUGGCCAUGGCAACAUGUACUCGGCGCUGGCGGACGACGACGGUGAGAACUGA